AUGACGAGGACGCGACGAAUCCGCGGUCCGCGGUCGCGACCGCGGACCGCUUCCGCGCGCGCGUAAUUACCCGCUCCCUCCGGACUUUGAACUCGCGGUGCUUGAAGAGAGACGGUCAUGGCGGUCCGUGAGAGGAAGUUUUUCGUGGGGGGCAACUGGAAGAUGAACGGGAGCAAGGCAUCCAUCGACGGCAUAGUGGAGUUUCUUCUGCAGGGACCUCUUUCUGCCGACUCCGAGGUGGUGGUGGCUCCUCCAGCCAUCUACCUGAGCUAUGUUAGAGACAAACUUCCUGCCACUGUCGGUGUGGCCGCUCAGAACUGCUACAAGGUUGAGAAAGGUGCUUUCACUGGAGAAAUAUCUCCUCAGAUGAUCUUGGAUGUGGGUGUACAGUGGGUCAUUCUUGGCCACUCUGAAAGGAGAAAUGUCUUUGGAGAGAGCAGCGAGCUGGUGGGGGAGAAGGUUGGUUUCGCUCUCACCAGUGGCCUUCAGGUGAUAGCCUGCAUCGGGGAACAGUUGGAGGAGAGGGAGGCUGGAAACACCAACUCUGUUGUAGCUGCUCAACUCAAAGCUAUAGCAGAUCACGUCCAGGACUGGAGUAAGGUGGUGAUAGCCUACGAGCCAGUAUGGGCCAUUGGUACCGGUCGAGUAGCUACGCCUCAACAGGCACAAGAGGUCCACUCUUACCUCCGCAAGUGGCUCUCGGACAAUGUCAGCAACACUGUUGGAGCUCAGACAAGGAUCAUAUACGGAGGUUCAGUGAAGGGUGAAAACUGUCGCGAACUUGCUGACGAACCAGACAUUGAUGGCUUCCUGGUGGGUGGAGCCUCGCUGAAGACUGGCUUUAUCAACAUUGUUAAUGCAAAGGAAUGACCCUCCGACUUAGUAGUGAACUUAUUCCUCCCGUCUUAGCAAUCCAUAUACGUUUUAGGUGUUUAUGCCCUAGAUAUAUACCUACAUACGUACAUCCUACCAGACCUGAAGGGUUUUUCAGUAUAUAGGUUUAAAACAUUCAUGCAUAUGCGCCUUUUUUACUGCGCAAAUCUCCGUCAGAUACAGACAUGUCGGAAGUAGAGGAAGGUGUUCUGGCGAUGGAAGAGGACCAAAGCAGCCUCCACUACUUCAUCGCUCAUCUUAAGACGUGCACCGACCUGUCUGCACUCAUUGAGACUCAAGAUAUCACGUUCGGCUACACUCUCAGCAAACUGGAGAAGGUCUUGCUCAAAGACAAAGAAAGAACUUGGCGUGUCAAACGUCCUCCCCAGAGCUGGUUUUCCGACCUCGGUACGAAUCAACUCCAGCGCUUUUUUGUCCUCAUCAUCCGGAUUCUUCAAGUUCAGAACAAAGGCAAUUUUGUCAGGUGCUUCAAAGAGAAUGAGCUCCUCUUCAAAGGCAGGGAG